UGAAGAUAGAGGUAAUUGCAAUUUAAAUACAUAUACAAGCCUGCUAUUAUUUGGCCCUGACGAGUGCUAGGGCUGGGCUUUUUCCCGUCGGUGCCUUCCCCAAAACUUGCUGCUUGCUCACGUUAAACACGUUAGGGUGCUAGUGUUUGGCAAACACAACAGUGGGCCCCUGCGGGGGUCCGAACGCCUUAAGUGGCUAGUUUACGAUGGACGCGUACGCAGCUUCCAUUCCUUUCCCUGCGGACUUGAGGCCUUACCGACCAGCCAUUGACCAAUACCUGGGCCAGAAAUUGCGCCAAUUCGGCACUAUCCUUGCCCGGAGUUUGCAUCCUUCGUUGGCGCCUGAGCAAGUGAAGCAUGUCAUCGAUGAUGCGAUGCGCACGAUGGCCCAGCAGGACGCGGCAGCAGCUCCCCAGCGUGCUCUGCGCCUGGUCAUACGGCAUGACUGCCAGUCCACGGGUUGCGGUGACCAGGCCUGUGUGCUGUGCCAGUACAACCCCAGCCGCCUGUGCACCCGCAACGUGAAGCAGAAGUACCUGAUUGACGACCACCUGAAGGCCAAGUGCGGCGCGCCGCUGCGGGUGGAGCUGGUGGACGAGACGGGGGCCUGCCACACGGAGGGCCUGGCGCCGGGGGUGCAACUGGAGAUGCACGUGCUGAACGGUGAGAAGUACAAGGAGCUGUGUCCCGACAACACGCUGCUGUCGCUGGGCGCCAUCCGCAAUUGCAUUAUCAGCCACCACACCAAGGCGCUGCUGCGGCGGGAGGGCAUGGCGGACGACCAGCUGAGGGUGUAUCUGCCGCUGGAGCGCGGUGCCGCCAGCGUGUCCGACCUGACCCUCACCACCAGCAGCGAGGCGCUCCUCAGCGGCAAGGCGCCCACCUUCCGGCUGCUGGUGUGGGCGGUGGAGGCGAACGGGGAGCCGGUGCCGCACGUCACGUAUGUGGUCAGCGAGAGCUUUGUGGUGGCCACCAAGCGCGUGAAGCACGCCAUCAAGAGCGACAUCCCCUCCGUGGGCGACCCGGUGUCCAAGCUGCUGCACAUCGGCAAGGCAACUGUGGACAAGCUGACGGACCUGCGGGGGGCAUUCCAGGAGGAGGGCUUCGAUGUGAAGCUGCCCGAGUCGCUGUACCGCGUGGAGAAGGUGGGGCAGUUCCGACAGCUGGUGGAGAUGAGCGAGGCGAACAACGACCUCAAGAACAAGCUGCGCCACGUGCUGAAGCUCUCCCCCGAGAAGUGGGACGAGGUGUGCCAGCACGCGCUGAGCGCGGUGGUUCCGGACUUCCGCAACCGCGUGUGGUGGUACCCGAUACUGCGCAUCGGCCUGCUGUACGCGUGCAAGAACGGAGCUAUACAGAUGGACAACCCCAUUGCUGUACUCCGCUCGGGCGCCACCCAGGACUCGGCCCCCACCAUGGUGCCGCUUCAGAGCCUCUCCCCCGCCGACUUCAACAACAUUCCCAAACUCAAGCAGCUGGCCCUGCAGAGCUGGUACAUGGCCAACCACCCGCAGUGGAACAUCUACGGGGAGGGCGUCGAGGAGGCGGCAGGGCCCGGCACGUCUGCUGGUGCUGCUGCUGCGGCUGCGGCGGUCCCGAACGGGCCUGCCCCAGGCAGCAGCCCGGGCGCACCCCUGCCGCCCUUGCUGCAUGCGUCCAUGGCGCCGGGGCUAGUGGGGGUGCCGCAGGGUGGUGGGCAGCAGGCGGCUCUGUACCCCCAGCAGCAGCAGCAGUCUGCGCUGCAACUGCCGGACAUGGGCGGCCGUACAAGUGCUGCUGCUGCGGUGUACGGCGGAGGUGCUGCUGGCGGCGGAGGAGCAGGCGAUCUGUACGGCGCCCUGGCGCACUUGGGAGUGCCGUACGGGUUGGGGCUCCCGGGUACGGCUGCUGGCGGCAAUGGCGGCUUGGCGGUUCCGAGUCCGCUGGUGCCCAUGGGGCCCGGUGGCAUGGGGCCGGGCGCACAUCGGGGCAGCAACUCCUCUCCGUUUGCCCUUCAAUCGGGCCACCCUUCUCCCCCACAGCCUCCGCAGCAGCUGCCUCAGCAUCCGACCCCCCAGGCGCAGCAGUCACAACAGCAACACCAACAACAGCAACACCCUCAGUCGCAGCCGCCGGUGCCCACGGCCACGGCGCAAGUGUCGCAGUCGCUUGGGCCGGCGGCGGCGGCGGUUGGGGCGGGGGUGGCCGGUCGGCCGCAUGGCAACGGCAGCUCGCCGUUUGUGGCCGGCAUGUACAACAUCGCGAACAACAUUGCAAAGGCCUUUCCGGACUUCCCGGCGGCGUCAGCGGAGGGGCGGCACGGAGAGGCGGAGCGGAACUCGCCCCAUGCGCCGGCGGGUGCUGUCGCCGGCGGCGCGGGUCCCUCCGCUCCCAGCCUCGGCUCCCUCCUCUUCCCGGGCAGUCUGGAGAUGCUCAAGACGGAGGACAUUGACACCAUGCCCACGGACAUGCUCAUGCCGCCCCACCUGACCGGCAACGACACCUUCCGCUCCACCGACUGGCUGCAGCAGCUGCACGGCCCGGCAGCCGGCGGCGCGGGGUCCGCUGUGGCGGCACAGCACCAGCUGCAACACGGGCACGGC